AUGCUGUUUCGAUUCAACACACUGGCACCUUCAAGAUUAAUCCAGUUAUCAGCGCAUUUAUCAGGCCAGAAGAGGAUGUUUGCAGGUUAUACAAAGACAAAGUUCCCGCUGAACACCGGCGCCGAGAUUCCAGCCAUUGGAUUCGGGACAUGGCAGGAUAAAGAAUCGCAGGAAGAUGCAGUCUUCGAAGCCUUGAAGGCUGGCUACCGACACAUCGAUACGGCACGAGUCUACGGUACCGAGCCCGGUGUAGCCCGAGGCAUCCAGAAGAGCGGCGUGCCACGCAGCGAUAUCUUCAUCACCACAAAGCUUUGGAACAACUCACACCAUCCGGAUGAUGUGGAGAAGGCUUGCGACGCGUCCCUCAAAGAUCUUCAAACCGACUACAUCGACUUGUAUCUGAUGCACUGGCCCAGUCCGUUCGCGCAGAGCGACAAGCUCUUCCCCAAGGACGGUGAUAAGAUCCUCGCCGGCAAAACCGAUUAUGUGGACACGUACAAGGCAAUGGAGAAGCUUGUCGAAACGGGCAAAGUUAAAGCAAUUGGCGUUAGCAACUUCUCAAAAGCAGAGCUGGAGCGUUUACUAAAAGAGACCUCCAUCGUCCCGGCCGCCCACCAGAUCGAAUGCCACCCUUAUUUGCAGCAACCGGGUUUCGUGAAAUGGCAUAAGGAGAAGGGCAUUCAUGUCACACAGUACUCGCCCUUCGGCAACGCCAACCCUGUCUAUGAAGAUGGAAAGAAUGUGCCGAAGCUUAUCGACGACCCGGUACUCACCGACGUUGGCAGGAAGUAUGGCAAGAACGGUGCCCAGGUGGCUUUGGCUUGGGGUAUUGCGAAGGGCCACAGCGUGAUUCCAAAAUCCAAAACCCCUGCGCGCAUCAAGGCCAACCUUGACGGGGACUUCAAGCUUGAUCCGGAUGACGUACAGAAAGUCGACGCGCUCGACAAGAAACUGAGGUUCAACGAUCCCUCGGAGUCGUUUGGGUGGAAUUUCUAUGCCGACCUGGAUGGGAAGAAAUAG